ACCAAAAUAAAUUUUCGACGUAGCCUCCAACAUUGCCAAUAGUUUCUCUAACGCAAUGAUCAACCUAAAGCAAGCUCUCCCGUUUUAUGAUGCGCAUCUGAUGUUGAGGCUUCUGUCGACUUACCGGCUGGUAUCAUGAUCCUCAAUCUGCUCUACUCAUUCCUAUUCACGCUAAUCUCGCGAGGAUGCUCUCUCAGCAUUACGGUAACCACUCCGCCUCAUUUCCAAGCCAAUCAAACCAUUUCGGUCCUUCUGACUCCAAGCUCCGAGGACCCGUUCCAUUUCUUUAUCGCCGUUCGAAGAAUGAGUCCACCGGAUACGAACUUUACUUCAUCCAUACAGCCUGUAGACAAUUUAACUGAGGCUCGCAUUGUGUCUGUUGAUCUCGAGUUUUCAGGUACAACCUACAUAGUAGCCCAAAGAAUUAGCCCCAUCGACUUAAGUUCAAACGUCACAUUUGCUUUGAGUGAACCUUUUCAGGUAGACGAAGGUCGGGAAAUUGACGUCUCAUCACCCACCCUUUCUAAUGUCGAUGAAUCUGCUACAAUGAGCUCUACAAUGAUCGCUUCAACCCCUGGGGCAUCAGAUUCCUCACCGUCGAAACAUGAUCAUACACCCACAACCAUAGCCGGCAUCGUUAUCAGCGUCUUUCUUCUCGUUCUAAUCGCAGCAUCUGUCUUCAUAUGGCGGUACCGCAAGCGCCGGAACAUCCCUCCCUCGCGCGCCUUCCUCAAUGACCUCGAUGACAAAAGGCAUCUUAGGGCCUCACCGAAUGAUCACUCGCCGGACGUUCCACCUCCCGCAUAUUCACCGCGCAUCAGCCGUUUAACAUCUAUAUCACGCUGGUGGGAGCCUCGAAGUUACGAUCCCGCAACUUUGAAGUCUCCGCUGAAAGUCUGAAUUUGACAAAAAUUUGCUGAUAGAGUAACAUCUGGUGGUGAUUUAUUUGGGCAGGUCUUGUUGAUAUAUUGCUCUGGCUGGACAAUCAUCGAAAUUAGAAUAUAUGUAAUUUAAAUUUCAUUCAACCCACAAUCUCAAAAGAGAUGAGC